GUGAUAGUUUUCAUGUUUGAACUCAAAACCCUUGGAAGCUUGGGGAGAGAAUGCCAUUUCUGUGCGGACAAUAAUCAUAAAUUCAUUUCAGUCUUUCCCGUUCGCUCCGAAGUCCGAAGCCUAUAGAUACUGCCAGUCACCGGAGUGUUGUUCCGGCCACCGUUUACCAAAUUUUCAACAGAUUCAGUUAGCCAGACAACUCCGUUUCGAUACGGCCAAACGGAAGCGUGAUUUGCACGGGAGAUGGGCGAAUUAGGUGGUGCAUUUGGUGGCAACAGGGGACUCCGUCCAGUGCCUCCUGAGAAAGGAAUAUUUCCAUUGGACCAUAUGCAUUUAUGUGACCUGGAGAAGAAGGAAUAUCUCAGUUGUCUAAAGUCCUUUGGUCACAAGUCAGAAAAAUGCAGGCAAUUCUCAAAAAAAUACCUGGAAUGUCGGAUGGAAAAGAACUUGAUGGCAAAGCAAGACUUGGCUGAGCUUGGUUUUAAGGUAAGUAAUGCGGAAGCUCCUGGAGGAAAAAUUACUGAGGGUUGAUGGUCGAAGCCUGAGAAGAUUCACCCAUGAUAAUUUUGAGGAUUUUCCUCUUUUAUAGUUUAUGUGAUAAGCAAAUGCUGAUUGCGAUAGCAUUUUUUGGUGGCAUAAAGGAAAGCAGUAGUUGGAAGGAAGUUCAAAGAAUGAUUCAGCAAAAUAUGUGGAGGGGUAAAUUUUCUGAUUACCCUAGAAUUGGUGGUAACAAGAUUGGAAAUUUGAACCUCGCUGUCUUCAACACUCUGUUCUAAGUAGCUGAAAAAGUUUUUUUUUUUU